CCCUCUGCGCGGCCCGUCUCUCGGCGCCUGAGGCCGGCGGAGGGCUGACGUGUCUGCGGUUUCCCGGUGUCGGUGUGAGCGAGGCAGUGAUGGCGGACGCCUGGGAGGAGAUACGGCGGCUGGCUGCUGACUUCCAGCGGGCGCAGUUUGCAGAGGCCGCGCAGAGGUUGUCAGAGCGGAACUGCAUUGAGAUUGUGAAUAAAUUAAUAUCUCAGAAACAGCUAGAGGUAGUUCAUACACUUGAUGGAAAAGAAUAUAUCACUCCAGCCCAAAUCAGUAAAGAAAUGAGAGAUGAGCUGCAUGUCCGAGGUGGCCGAGUAAACAUUGUUGACUUACAACAGGUUAUCAAUGUGGAUCUGACUCAUAUUGAAAAUAGAGUCAGUGACAUUAUUAAAUCAGAGAAAAAUGUCCAGAUGGUGUUGGGACAACUGAUAGAUGAGAACUAUCUGGAUCGGUUAUCAGAAGAGGUGAAUGAUAAAUUGCAAGAAAGUGGUCAAGUAACCAUCUCAGAACUGUGUAAAACCUAUGACCUUCCUGGGGACUUCCUGACACAGGCAUUAACUCAGCGACUCGGUCGAAUUAUCAAUGGCCAUAUUGACCUUGAUAACAGAGGAGUGAUUUUCACUGAGGCAUUUGUAGCUCGCCAUAAAGCACGAAUCCGUGGACUCUUCAGUGCUAUUACUCGGCCUACAGCAGUGAAUUCUUUGAUAUCAAAAUAUGGAUUUCAGGAGCAGCUCCUUUACUCUGUGCUUGAAGAACUCGUUAGCACUGGACGCUUACGAGGCACUGUGGUUGGCGGACGACAGGAUAAAGCCGUGUUUGUCCCUGACAUCUAUUCCAGGACACAGAGUACCUGGGUGGAUUCCUUUUUCAGGCAGAAUGGCUAUCUAGAAUUUGAUGCUUUAUCCAGACUUGGAAUCCCAGAUGCUCUGAACUAUAUAAAGAAAAGAUAUAAGAACACACAGCUCUUAUUUUUGAAGGCAGCCUGUGUUGGUCAAGCACUCGUGGACCAGGUGGAAGCAUCAGUAGAGGAAGCCAUCAGCUCGGGCACGUGGGUUGAUAUUUCUCCUCUGCUGCCCAGUUCUUUGUCAGUUGAAGAUGCUGCUAUGCUGCUUCAGCAGGUGAUGAGGGCAUUCAGCAAGCAAGCUUCGGCUCUAAUCUUUAGUGACACAGUUGUGGUCAGCGAAAAAUUUAUAAGUGACUGUACAGAACUGUUUAGCGAACGGAUGCACCAAAAAGCUGAAAAGGAAAUGAAAAAUAAUCCUGUGCAUUUAAUCACUGAAGAAGAUCUGAAACAAAUUUCUGUUUUAGAAAGUGUUAAUACAAAUAAAAAGGAUAAAAAAGAUGAACGCAGGAAGAAAGCAACAGAGGGUACUGGAAGUGUGAGAGGAGGAGGAGGAGGCAAUGCCAGAGAAUACAAAAUUAAAAAAGUUAAGAAGAAGGGAAGAAGAGAUGAUGACAGUGAUGAUGAGUCUCAGUCAUCUCAUGCUGGAAAGAAGAAGCCGGACAUCACAUUCAUGCUCCAGGAUGAAAUUGAAGAUUGCUUAAGGAAACAUGUGCAAGAUGCCCCUGAGGAAUUUAUUUUGGAACUUGCAGAAUACUUAAUAAAACCUCUUAAUAAAAUGUAUCUUGAGGUGGUACGUUCAGUGUUCAUGACUUCAACUUCUGCUACCGGAACUGGCAGAAAACGUACAAUCAAGGACUUACAAGAAGAGGUUUCAAACCUAUACAAUAAUAUCAGAUUAUUUGAAAAGGGGAUGAAGUAUUUUGCGGAUGACACACAGACCGCUCUUACGAAGCACUUGCUGAAGACAGUGUGUACUGAUAUUACUAACCUCAUGUUCAACUUCCUAGCCUCAGAUUUAAUGAUGGCGGUAGAGGAUCCUGCAGCCAUCACAAGUGAAAUAAGAAAAAAAAUUUUAAGUAAAUUGACAGAAGAAACCAAAGUAGCUCUUUCAAAACUCCACAACUCUCUGAAUGAAAAAAGUAUAGAAGACUUCCUUUCCUGCCUGGAUUCUGCAACAGAAGCUUGUGACAUCAUGGUGAAAAAGGGAGAUAAAAAAAGAGAAAGGCAAAUACUCUUCCAGCAUCGGCAGGCGCUGGCUGAACAGCUGAAGGUCACGGAAGACCCUGCUCUUAUUUUGCACCUCACGUCAGUCCUGUUAUUUCAGUUCUCAACCCAUAGCAUGCUCCAUGCACCUGGAAGAUGUGUCCCACAGAUCAUUGCUUUUCUUCAAAACAAAAUCCCAGAGGACCAACAUUCUCUAUUGGUAAAAUAUCAAGGUUUGGUUGUGAAGCAGUUACUCAGUCAGAAUAAGAAGAGUGGGCAGGGAGAGGAUCCGGCAAGGGAUGCCUUGGACAAGGAGCAACAUGACGUCACCAAUGCCGCUCGGAGAGAGCUGCAGGAACUGUCUUUAUCUAUUAAGGGCCUCGUUCUGAAGUCCAGGAAAUCAUCUGUGACAGAGGAGGAAUGCCCCUAGUUUACUUUUAUUACAUAGUGAGAAUUUUCCCAAGAUAGAUAAAUGAUCAGAAAAUCAGUCAGCAAGCACUCUCCCGUCAACCCUUCCCACACAAUUCAAAGAAAAUAGUGGUGUCGUAUUAGAUGCAGAUCUUAUGAGAAUUUCUACAAGUUGAGUUCUCGGUGAAGCAUUUUCUUUUCACAUAAUCCUAUGUAUAAUUUUUCAUGUAAUAAAAGUUUUCAAAGAGUUCUGACUCUAAAACAUUAUAUGCUUUAAUGUUCUUCUAGAUGAUAAAAUGAAAAAUAAAAUAGAAUAAUUUUCAUCUCUAGGAAAGAAUUUGUUUGCUAUUUAAUUUAUAUGGU